AUAAAUCGUAAGCCACAGGCUUUCAUCGUUGUCGGGUCAAUACUCAUAUUUGCACCCUUUUUUAUUAGUGAGAAAUGGAAGUGGUUCAGAUUCAGAGAAGAUUGGUGGACUUCACAAAAUCCUUGUUUAUGGAGGGUUUAUUGGACAGCCAGUUCUUACAGCUUCAGCAGCUUCAAGAUGAGAGCAACCCAGAUUUUGUUGUUGAAGUUGUCUCACUUUUCUUUGAUGAUUCCGAGAAACUUCUCAAUGAACUCACCAUUGCUUUAGAUCAGCCAAAUGUUGACUUUAAAAAAGUUGAUGGCUAUGUUCAUCAAUUGAAAGGUAGCAGUUCCAGCAUAGGUGCACAAAGGGUUAAAAACGCUUGUGUAGAUUUCCGCAACUUCUGCGAGGUGCAGAACAUCGAAGGGUGCCGAACAUGUCUGCAACAAGUGAAACAAGAGUGCUACCUGGUGAAGAACAAGCUCGAAACAUUGUUCAGGUUAGAGCAACAGAUUGUCGCAUCCGGUGGAUCGAUUCCGAUGAUCGAAAUGGAUUUUUGAAGACCAUCAAAGCUGAAGA